GGGUGGAGUGGAUGCCGAGCUGCUGCCGGGCUCUCCCUGUCUCUUUGACACGCACCGUCUCGACCGAGGGAGCGCGGGGCGAAGGGGUGUGGGGGGGGUGUGGGGGGCAGAGGCUCUGCUCUCCAGCCUCCAGCACCGAAACCCCCCCCCCCACACACCCACCCCCGGACCGUGCACUUGCCAACAACUAUGGACGCUUUGAAGUCGGCCGGGAGGGCGCUGAUCCGGAGCCCCAGCAUUGCCAGGCAGAGCUGGGGCAUCGCCAGGCACCACAAGCUGCCAGAGAACUGGACCGACACAAAAGAGUCUCUACAGGAAGGGAUGGUCUUCCACGUGAAGUACCUCGGGAUGACUCUGGUGGAACAACCAAAAGGAGAAGAGAUGGCGUCUGCAGCCAUCAGGCGGAUAGUUACCAUGGCAAAAGCAAGCGGGAAGAAAUUCCGUAAGGUUACUCUAACCAUUUCUCCUCGGGGGAUUCUAUUGAAUGACACAAUAACGAAUGGACUGGUAGAAAAUGUCUCCAUAUACAGAAUAUCGUACUGCACUGCAGACAAGACUCAGGACAAGGUCUUUGCAUACAUUGCUCAGAGCCAGCUAAAUGAGACAUUGGAAUGCCAUGCAUAUCUCUGUCCAAAGAAAAAAAUUGCACAAGCUGUGACCCUAACAGUGGCUCAGGCCUUCAGAGUAGCAUUUGACCUUUGGGAAGUAGCACAAGAAGAAAAAGAUAAGAAAACAAGUGAAUCAUGUUCUAACCCUGUUACUGCGGCUCUUAAUGGAGCAAAAGGAGAUGUGGAGGAAGAUCCAUUCAGAGAAAAAGACCACAGAAUAAACCAAGUACAGAAUCCAUUCAUUUCAACCACAGAUAUUCACAUAGGUAGCACCUCAGGCCAAAACAGUCCAACUUGCGGGUCUCCUUUACACACUCUUUCUUGGGAAGAGGACGAUGGUCUUGAUGACGCCUUUUCAAGAUUUGCUGUGUCUCGAACAAGCAUACAAAUCAAGGAUGUUUCAGUAAAUUUGGUAAAGAGACACUCACCACUCAUAACUGUGAGUAAUGUGGGCCCAUCACUUACAGACUUGAACAAAGGAGACUUGUCACCACAGCAUUCGGCUGAGGCACAGCUAACUCUUGGAGAUCGAGAAAAAGCGUUCUUUGCUUCAUCAGAGUAACCUUGGUUUGGCUCACCAACACACCUAAAGAAACAAGCUGGAGGAAAACGGCACAGCUUUUAAUUGACUGAAACCUACUUGAAAAAAGACUCUUUUUUUAUUAUCGUUCAUACAGAUGCUUUAACAAUAAUGAUAACCGGCAAGCUAAAAAGGAGUGCUGAUUUUGUAUUUGCAACCACACUGAUACAGAACAAUAUGUUUGUAUUCCUCCUAGCUAUAUUCUGCUCCUCACAGAUUAGGAAACACCAUGGUGAAACAUAUGAUGUUUCGUAUGUAAGAUUGAAAAAGGCAUUCGAUAACAUUGAAUCUUAUAUGAAAUAUUUAAUUUUUCAUUGUACUAUGGUGCUGAUUACAACUGCAGUCCAGUUGCAGAAGGGAUGUCUUCUUAUAGACAUAUAUCAUGAGAACACACAAUGUAAUACAAUACAAUUUACAUUUAUACAAUAUGUUUCACAUCAGAGGACAUCUCAAAACAAUUCACAGAAUAGAGGAGAGUGGAUAUAAAAUUAAUUCUUAAGAGUUUUCACCUCUGCAUAAUAAAUAAAUAAUAAUAA